GAUGUGAGGGACACACAGAGAGAGAGAGAGAGAGAGAGAGAGAGUUUAUCUUGUGUUCUUCCAGCAGCAGAGAAGCAGCUCCAGCUCCACAUUAAUACCCGGGACGCUUUACUUCAGCUUGGAGUCUGACACACAGCCUUGUUCUGCGCUUUAUAAAUCAUUCAUUCACCCAAACGACCCCGGCGUUUCUACACUGCUGCUUCACUGCGUUUGUACGGGAUGCCUGUUGCAGAUGCUCCCAGGACUCGAGUACAGGCCGAGAACUACAGAAGCAGACACUUUUGAUGAGAUCUGAGCAAAAGGAGACCAAAUGAAGAUCUCGUUCACGCUUCUUGGGGCAUGACCCACCCGGAGACCUCAUCCCCACAAGACGAGUUUGUGGUUCAGAAAUCUGCCUCGCCUAGCCUCCAACCCGUUUUUUACCCACUGGCGCAGAAGAUAAGAAGGUAGAGAGGGCAGAACAGGAGGGGUGUGAGGGUGUUGGGCAGGGGGCUGCUGGUGCAUGGGGACGGGCAGCACGCAUCUCCAUAGGUGAGUGAAAGUCCACCCUCGCCCAUGCCGUCCCCUGCCCGCACCAGUCCUCCUGCCCUCUGCAAUGGUGACAUGAUGGAACACAUCAUGGAAGAUCUCUGCUUCAUUCCACACUUUUCUUUCUGCCGUUACACAAUAGACUUGAUUUGUUAGUGACUCAAGGACGGUGUGUGUGUGUGUGUGUGUGUGUAUAUAUAUAUAUAUAUAUACUCAUACAAGGGGCAGCAGGGUGACGAUGCUGGUGUGUGGACGCGUGAGACGGCUCUACAGGCAGCUCACGCUGCAGACCAGCCUUCUUCUGCUUUUCCUCUUCUGCAUGGUAAGUGUGCUCAUCUCAGCCUACUUUCUCUAUGGGGUCAAGCGGGAACUGGAGCCCGCGAGCGUGGGCGGGGUGGAGAGCGUCGAUGAUGGCACUGCCGAAUGGGAGGACUCGCAAGCCGCUACCCCUUCUGCUCCGUCAGCCAGGAUACUUCCUGCAAGAACUGCCAAGCCAGCAGACACGUCUCGCACGGACCCUGUGGUUCUGGUUUUUGUCGAGAGCCUGUACUCCCAGCUGGGCCAGGACAUCGUGGCCAUCUUGGAAUCAGGACGCUUUCGCUACCAGAUCGAAAUCGCACCAGGAAAGGGCGACAUGCCUACACUCACUGACAAGAACCGAGGUCGCUUCACGCUGGUCAUUUAUGAGAACGUCCUCAAGUACGUCAACCUGGACGCCUGGAAUAGAGAACUGCUGGAUAAGUACUGCGUGGAGUACGGCGUGGGCAUUAUUGGCUUCUUCAAGGCAAACGAGAACAGUUUACAGAGCGCCCAGCUAAAGGGAUUCCCUCUCUUUUUACACUCUAACCUCGGCUUGAGGGACUGCAGCGUCAAUCCCAAAUCGCCGCUCUUGCUCAUCACUAAGGCUCGCGAGGUGGAGCGUGGACCCCUGCCCGGGGACGACUGGACUGUCUUCCAGUCCAACCACUCCACAUACGAACCUGUGCUGUUGGCCCGGGGCAGGACUACAGAAGCCGGAGGUCCUCCAGCACCCCUGCACGCUGCCGUAGUUCAGGACCUGGGGCUUCACGACGGUAUCCAGCGGGUUCUCUUCGGCAACAACCUGAACUUCUGGCUGCACAAGCUGGUGCUGGUGGAUGCUGUGAGCUUCUUGACAGGCAAGCGCUUGUCACUUGCUCUGGAGCGCUACAUCCUAGUGGAUAUCGAUGACAUCUUCGUGGGCAAGGAAGGAACACGGAUGAAGGUUUCUGACGUCAAGGCCCUACUGGAGACACAGUACGAGCUCCGAACUCAUGUUCCCAACUUCACCUUCAACUUGGGCUUCUCUGGGAAAUUCUUUCACGCCGGCACUGAUGAGGAAGAUCUGGGAGACGACCUGCUCCUUUCUUACAGUAAAGAAUUCUGGUGGUUUCCGCACAUGUGGAGCCACAUGCAGCCACAUCUCUUCCACAACCAGUCGGUGCUGGCCGAACAGAUGCUGCUCAACCGCAAGUUUGCAGAGGAACAUGGCAUACCCACAAACAUGGGUUAUGCUGUGGCUCCGCACCACUCGGGUGUCUACCCCAUCCAUAUGCAGCUCUACGAGGCCUGGAAGAAGGUGUGGGGCAUCAAGGUGACCAGCACCGAGGAAUAUCCGCAUCUCAAACCUGCACGUUUCCGCAGGGGCUUCAUCCACAGCGGCAUCAGCGUGUUGCCCAGACAAACGUGCGGUCUCUUCACACACACCAUUUUCUACAACGAGUACCCCGGAAGCCCCAAGGAGCUGGACAAACUCAUCAACGGAGGAGAGCUGUUCCUCACCGUGCUCCUCAACCCUAUCAGCAUCUUUAUGACCCACCUCUCCAACUAUGGCAACGACCGCCUGGGCCUGUAUACGUUUAAGAACCUGGUGAAGUUCGUCCAGACGUGGACCAACCUGAAGCUGCAGACGCUACCACCCGUGCCACUGGCGCAGAAAUACUUCCAGAUCUUUCCUGAGGAAAGAGACCCAAUCUGGCAGGACCCCUGUGAGGACAAAAGACAUAAAGACAUUUGGUCGAAGGAGAAAACCUGCGACCGCUUCCCUAAGCUGCUCAUCAUAGGCCCGCAGAAGACCGGAACGACAGCACUCUAUCUGUUUCUGGGAAUGCAUCCUGACCUGACCAGUAAUUAUCCCAGCAAGGAGACUUUUGAGGAGAUCCAGUUCUUCAAUGGUCGUAAUUAUCACAAGGGCAUUGACUGGUAUAUGGAGUUUUUCCCUCUUCCCUCCAACACUAGCUCAGAUUUCUACUUCGAGAAGAGUGCCAACUACUUUGACUCUGAAGUAGCAGCCCGUCGAGCUGCCGCGCUUCUUCCUAAAGCCAAGAUCAUCACCAUCCUUAUUAAUCCCGCUGACCGAGCCUACUCCUGGUACCAGCACCAGAGAGCCCACGAUGACCCUGUGGCCCAGAAAUACACCUUUCAUGAUGUCAUCACUGCUGGCCACGACGUCCCGAUCAAACUGAAGGUGCUGCAGAAUCGCUGCCUGCUUCCCGGCUUGUACGCCACACACCUGCAGCGAUGGCUCAGCCACUAUCAUCCCAGCCAGAUCCUGGUCCUGGACGGUCAGAUGCUGAGGACGGAGCCGUCUGCAGUCAUGGAUAAGAUCCAGAAGUUUCUUGGCCUCACAAACACUCUCAAUUACCACAAAAUCCUAGCGUUCGAUCCGAAGAAGGGAUUCUGGUGCCAGCUGCUGGACGGGGGGAAGACAAAAUGCCUGGGGAAGAGCAAAGGAAGAAAAUAUCCUGACAUGGACGUGGACUCACGCCGUUUCCUACGAGAACACUACCGCGAGCACAACAUCGAGCUGUCCAAGCUGCUGUACAAGAUGGGUCAGCCGCUGCCGAGCUGGCUACGCGAGGAGCUGCUCCACAGCAGGUAGCUGGAAACACGGGUGCCGAGGGGCAAACACAAGCGACACGCUCACGCUCCUCCACGUGCUCCAGAGGAGACUCUACAGUACCUCUCCGAUUUCCUCCGAAUCAGCUCCAAGCAGCUGAAUGAGGCAGAGCGGCCCACGGAGGCCACAUUCUGGAGGUCAGGGCUGUGAGAGGAAAAGGAACCGAGAGGGGGGUAAAGGGCAAAGUGCGGCGCGACGGAGACACUGACGAUACCCUUGCUUUGUCAUUCUGUGAGAGAGCAUGGGCACCAGGGAUGUCUGUCUGUACACACACACACAAACACACACACACACACACAGACUGUGCUUUUCCUGUCUGUCUGUUAAGACACAGUUUUGGAAAAGACACAAGAUACUUUUUUGUCGUCGUUGGAGGAACAGCACAACGGCGAUCGAACACGAACCAGGAAGGAACCUUCAGCUCGGAAUAUUUUUCCCCUCCAUCCAAUAAUUCAUCCAUCCAUCCAUUCAUCCAUUCUUUCACGCUCAUAUCAUGUUGUGUUGUGAAACAGGAGCCAAUCUUUUCCUGUCUUUGGUUCUGUUUAUUUUUGUUUUUUUCCCCUCUUUAAUAAAAAGCCCCCUCAUUCCAUUUCGUAUUCGUAUCGAGACAAAACAUGACAUUUAAACUAAAAUCUAUAUAUCACACAUCUAGAUAUUUAUGUUGGUGUUACAAGCUACACAAAUUAUGGUACUUAAGCAACAACAACAAAUAAUAAGCUACAUCCAGAAUAAAUGUGAGUGUAAAUAUGGGCACGGACAUGUACAGUACCUGGGAUCUCGAUAUUUUGUGCAGUAAACGAAUCCUCGCCUUAAUUAAACCCCGAUUCCUUUUCGCCACUCGACCCGAAGUGUUAGCACAUGCUUAGAAAUGAUUCCAGGAUGAACCAGUGUUCCGACUGUAAGAGUAUUAACAUCCUGGAACGUUAACUCGAAUCAGAAUAAGGUGUUUUUUUUUUUUUUAAAUAUAAUAUUACUUGUAUUAUUCGGCCCCCUUUGAUUUGACGUCCUACGAAUAGCUCAAGUCGGACCUUGAGACUUAUCGGAGAAUGUAUCGCUUCCUUUGGCACAUAAAGAUGGUGGUUUUAUAAUGAUUUUGUUCUGGAGUGACCGAUUAAUUCCACCCCUGAAUGUAAGCACAGAUUACGAUACUUACAAGUUCCUCGUGUGCUCGUUUCUCGUGAUGAAGUCGAUGGAGCUGUUCUUCCAGCUGCGAUUCAAAUAACGAACAAAACCUCAACCCCUUUUUUAUUAUAUUAUUAUUAUUAUUAUUAUUACCAUCAUCUCUCUUUUAUAUGGUGCUGAUGUUAUCAGUGGUGUAUUUUAAACCAUCCCCUUUAACCUCUCACGCUGUCGGCCGGACGAUCACGUCUUCCGUAUGCCUUCCGGUCGAAAGGGAAACCCGUUAAUCCGUAAGCCGUUUGAGAUCAUUAUCGAAAUUGCACCGAUUUCUGAACGUGUACAUGGUGUAAAUUCAUCAGUUUGCCUACAGGACAUGUAAAUCUCCAGCGUGCAAUGAUAUGGAGGUGUUGUUACGCUCUCACAUCUCCCCGGGUUUUUAAUCUGUAUUCAUGUGGGUUUCCUCCCAACUCUACGAUACAUUGGCUACGAUAAAUUACCUCCAGGAGUGAAUAAGCUCGGGUUCGGUGCUUCCGGAAUCCAGUACGACCCUAACAAGAAUAAAGUGACAAAUAUAAAUAAAUAAACAAACAAAUAAAUAAAUAACGGGAUCAGUAAUUAAGUUCAGAGUGAAGGAGUAAAUCACCCUGAUCGUGGUUUAACAACGUUUAUUAACAGUGAGACAUUCAGAACACAACGUUUUGCUCUGUCGAUGCCAAGCUAGCGUCUCGUUUACCGCCGUUUCAGCUCGAGCUUCCUGAUUUUCACCGAGACGUCACUGACACGAUCGCCGAGUAUGAGACAAGGAAGCCUGAUUAUUCCAUUAUAUGGAUUUUUUUUUAUAUGGAUUUUUUUUUACUCUCUUGUGAUGCUGGAGGAGAUCUGCUGAGCUCCGAAAGAUCAAAUAAUGAUUUCAAAUUAACUUGAAAAUCUAGAAUUAUGAACAGUAUUUGUUUUUGUUUUUUUCCUGUAUUGCAAACCAAAUAUGUAUGAAAACAGUUCUCCGAGAGUACGAUGCCCAAUAAGCACAAUUUAUUUGGUCGUCUUCUCGUUAUUUUUUUUAUUUAUUUAUUUUUUUUUGACCUACAGAUUAUAGAAAACGGUCGCUUUCCUCUCUUGCGGUCAAACGUACAAUCCAUCACGAUGAAGGCUCUGUAUGAAUGAACAUUCGAAGCAUUCGCUGGAGAUUUCUGUUCUUUUGUGUAAUGCUAUAUAGAGGGCUCUUGUUUAAGCGCACACUGUCUGUAAUACCGACCCACGCACCUUAUACACACGCUCACUCUUCUCAACACAAACUUACACAACCGCCGUCAUGCUGCUCAGAUCUCCAUCACGAUGUUGACGAUAAUGCUUUGUUUUUGGGGUUUUUUUUUGGUUUUUUUUUUAUUUCUAACUAAUAACAAUGCAAUAAUAUAUUUUACUGAGAAAGUCGGACGUUUUGCACCAAGCACAAACCCUGUGUUCUCUGUGUAUAGAAAGAAAGAAAGAAAGGAGAGGAGAGAAGAGACGUUUUUCUUUUUUUUUCUUUCUUUUUUUUUUAUUAUUUUCCCUCCUUUUGGGUUCCAUAUUUCUGACCACACACAAACACAAAGUGGUUCCCAUGAACUUCACACUGCCAAUCUUGUGCUUUCUGUAUUAUAAUGUAGGAUAUCAGUAGAUAGUGAUUGUAAAUGAAAGAAACUGUAAGGUAAAAAAAAAUAAUCAUCUGGACUGUACAAUCAAACCUAUCAUUGUUAAUAUUUUUUAUUGUUGGUAGCCAAUAUUUUUGUGAUUAAUUUGCAAAUAAAGAAACCACUGUCUUUUUA